AUGCCUGGACCAGGAAAUUAUAACCCAAAUAUAGAUGCUUGCAGAUCUUCUACAUAAUCAUUAAGAUUUGGGAACGAUAUUAGAAAACCACUUUAUAAUGAAAUUAAAGAUAAUCCUGGGCCUGGAUAAUAUGAAAAUUAAAGUAAAAUUUUCAAAGCUAAAGACCAGGUAGCUACAAUGUGA